AACACGAUGGCUACGAGUGCCGCGACCAUCGAUUACGCGCCGCAGCCGCCGCCGCCACAGCUGUUCCCGUGCAAGCCGCGGGACCCGCCAGCCAAGCUUCGGCGAUUCGAAGAUGCACCGGCCUUCCUGCGUCAGAACCCGUUCAUCCGCCGGGGUUACCGGGUCCUCUACACCCCUCGGCAGUGCCUGCGAAGCGUUUUCCAGUGGAACAACGAGACGCUCAACAUUUGGACGCACCUGGUGGGAAUCUUCUUCUUCUUCGGCGUGCUCGUGCGAGACGUCCGGUACCGUCUCCAAGAGGUCAAGGCUACCUUUGCCGACUCGGUUGUCGUUGUGGCCGUCGUGUGCGCCUAUAUGACCACCCUGACGCUGUCCGUUCUGUACCACACGUUCAACUGCCACUCCAAGGAGGCCUACUACAGGCUGCUGCGCUACGACCUGGCCGGCGUCGGGCUCAGUCUGAGCUCGACCGUCGCGUCGGGCGUCGUGAUGGCCUUCUGGGAGCACGCCUUCUUCAUGUACCUGUACGUGACCCUGGAGACUCUCCUCCUGGUCGUCGUCGUCGCCACGCAGGACUGCGACAACACUCGGGUCCUCUGCAGCCUGGCCGCUUUCGGGCUAGUGCCCACGGUCCACUGGCUCUACCUGGCGCCGCCCUGGAUGUGGUCGGUGAUGCCUCGAGUGGCGCUCAUCUUCGUGUACGCGGCCUUCGCGUACUUGAUCCUGGCGGGCCGCUUUCCAGAGAGACUGGUGCCCGGCCGCUGCGACUACCUCGGGGCGAGCCACCAGAUAUGGCACGUGCUCGUGCUCCUCAUGACCUACUGGUGGCACGAGACGGCGUUCCAGUUCAUACGAUGCCGGAAUGGCAUGUGCCGAUCGUGAGGCACUUCGCGCCUAGCGUUUCCUUUUCUCGUUCAAACGUGCAUUGACACCGUUAUCAUCCGCAUAUACGAGGAACAAAUCGUGGUACGCUUACGUGCGGCUUGCCUCGUGCACGUAUCCGUACUGCAUGAAAUUACUGGCCAGAGCGUUAAUGGAACUCUGCGCAAGCUGUCACGUCGCGUCACUCCUGAAUUCGUUUUGUCCUUGCCGUCCAGAACGUUAUAGCUCAAUAGAUGUGGCUCCGGUGAACGAGGGUUUCGCAAAAUUUAUGAACUUUAGAAAAUCGUGCUGUAUAUAAUAAAGUUUUACAGUGAUAUACAAGUAAAUUGUACUAUAUAUAAUGAAGUUUUACAGUGAUGUAGAAAGAAGAGGAAUUGUACUUCGCUUGCUCCGAUAACCCAGUUUUGUGAUGCCGCCCGAAACGGUGCUCGCUGUGUUCGCUUUCGUGAAAGCACA